UGUUGGAGGGUGAAUUCAAUGCACUGGCGUAUCCCGGUGGUUGCCUAGUAACGCGCUGGCAGUGGGCGCCGUACAGAGAUCUCUAUGGUGGGCGCUCCAUUAAAACCGUUGGCGCUCCUGACCUUGGCGUCGUAUAUGCGCAAAGCACACAGUCUGUGCAAAGCAGGAGAUAAGAGUACAGAUCCGUGCGUUUGAUAGCAAAACCGGGGGACAUAUUUCACACACAGCCAGCCCCAUUGUAUUCUAGCGACACUGACGGGCAUGGUAUGGUGGAAAUCUGGAAAUGGAGCGCGAAUCAGCUUGUGAAAAAGCAGAUUUGUGUGCACUGCAAUGAAAAGUGGAAGUGGUGGCGCUCCAUACCUGGCUGAGGUGCGUUUGGAUUUGAUAACCGUCACUGCCAAAGGCAUAGUGAGUGAUGUCUGUUUGAUAGGCUCUGUGCAAAGGGACUGAGCGGACACUACAGUGAGCGUUUGUGCUGUGCAAGGGCACUGUCCUGUCCAGACCAUGUGGCUGGCUACAUUCAGAGACCAUCUGUUGCCUGCACACCUGCUGCACCAUCAAGGGACUGUAACCAUCACCCACUGUGCUCUUCUUUGGUGGAUACUAUGUUCCUGCUGGUCAUUCACCAAGUCCACAAGCCAGAAAUUCUACCCGACAGUGACUACUCAGUUCGGGAAACUCCGAGGUCUUCGGGUUCCAGUGCCCAGUGAGGUGCUCCGGCCCGUUGAUCAGUAUCUGGGGGUCCCCUACGCUGCUCCACCAAUUGGUGAAAAGCGCUUUAUGCCCCCCGACCAACCUUCCUCUUGGUCCGGAGUCAAGAAUGCUACCCACUUCAUGCCCGUGUGCCCUCAGAACAUCCACAACACCGUGCCAGAGAUCAUGAUGCCCAUAUGGUUCACCUAUAACCUGGACACAGUAGCCACCUACAUUCAGGAUCAGAGCGAGGACUGUUUGUAUCUCAACAUCUACGCUCCGACGGAGGAUGGGAGCCAUCACAAGAAAAAGGGGGCGGCUUUCUCACAUGCUGAGACUCAUAUAUCCGAAGAUAUAAGGGACUCUGAAGCUCGACCUGUGAUGGUCUACAUCCACGGAGGCUCCUAUAUGGAAGGCACCGGGAACAUGAUGGACGGCAGCGUACUGGCCAGUUAUGGGAACGUUGUCGUCGUCACGCUCAACUACAGAAUCGGAAUAUUAGGCUUCCUCAGUACUGGCGACCAGGCAGCAAAAGGAAACUACGGACUCCUGGACCAGAUUCAAGCUCUCCGCUGGAUCAGUAAGAACAUUGGUUACUUUGGAGGAGACCCCGGUCGCAUCACAGUUUUCGGAUCUGGAAUCGGUGCCUCCUGUGUCAGUCUGCUAACUCUCUCCCACCACUCAGAGGGUUUGUUCCACAGAGCCAUUAUCCAAAGCGGUUCAGCUCUUUCCAGCUGGGCUGUCAACUACCAACCAGUCAAGUACACUCGAAUGCUGGCCGAGAGGGUUGGCUGCAACGUGCUGGACACCGUGGACAUGGUCUCCUGCCUGCAGAGGAAGAGUGCGAGGGAGCUGGUGGAGCAAGACAUCCAAGCGGCUCGAUACCGCGUCGCUUUCGGUCCCGUUAUUGAUGGAGACGUCAUCCCAGACGACCCAGAGAUCUUGAUGGAGCAGGGCGAGUUCCUAAACUACGAUAUAAUGCUGGGUGUUAAUCAGGGAGAAGGACUGCGCUUUGUGGAGAACGUGAUGGAUCUGGAGGACGGCGUGUCUGGCAGUGACUUUGACUUUGCAGUGUCAGACUUUGUGGACAGUUUGUACGGCUACCCAGAAGGAAAAGACACACUGAGGGAGACAAUUAAAUUCAUGUACACAGACUGGGCUGACAAGGACAACCCGGAGACCAGGAGGAAGACUCUGGUGGCUCUCUUCACCGACCACCAAUGGGUUGAGCCCUCAGUCGUGACGGCUGACCUGCACGCCCGCUACGGCUCCCCUACGUACUUCUACGCCUUCUACCACCACUGCCAGAGUCUCAUGAAGCCAGUGUGGUCUGACUCAGCCCAUGGAGAUGAGGUGCCUUAUGUGUUUGGCAUCCCCAUGGUGGGCCCCACCGACCUGUUCCCCUGCAACUUCUCCAGGAACGACAUCAUGCUCAGCGCAGUGGUUAUGACUUACUGGACCAACUUCGCCAAGAGUGGGGAUCCCAACAAACCAGUGCCACAGGACACUAAGUUUAUCCACACCAAGGCCAACCGCUUCGAGGAAGUGGCAUGGUCAAAGUACGACCCAUACGACCAGCUGUACCUGCACAUCGGCCUGAAGCCUCGUAUCCGUGAUCACUACCGCGCUACCAAGGUGGCCUUCUGGAAACACCUGGUGCCCCAUCUCUACAACCUCCACGACAUGUUCCACUACUCUUCCACCACCACCAAGGUGACCCCGCUGGAUCCCACCCAGUCCAACGGUAAGAGGGCCGGCAGCACCGGCCGGCCUCCUGCAUCCACCUCAAACAACGGCGAAGGGGGGCGAGAGAUGGGCCCUCUGAUAAUGCCCAACCCGAGAGAUUACUCCACAGAGCUCAGCGUCACCAUUGCUGUCGGGGCAUCGCUGCUCUUCCUCAACGUCCUUGCCUUCGCCGCUCUGUACUACCGCAAGGACAAGCGCAGUCGGCAGGACACGUCCCAGCAGCCCAGUCCCCAGUGCGACAGCAAAGGCAACAACGUGAGUCACACCACCACUAUAGACGAGAGCCUGUCCCAGCAAAGGAACCAGUGUGAGGCCCUUCACAAUCCUCUCCACGUCUCUCCAAGCAUGGACUACUCCCUGAGCCAGCGCCGCUCCCCUGACGACAUCCCACUGAUGACCCCCAACAACAUCACGAUGAUCCCCAACUCCCUGAUGGGCCUCUCCAACAUGAGUCCGUACAGCACUUUCCCCGCUGGGUACAGCUCUGCAGGCCUGCCCAGCACCCACUCCACCACUCGGGUAUAGCCUAGCAGGAGACGAGAGGAGACGAGUCGCGUGACGUUCAUAAAACGUGGAAAUGUAAAGCUGUAUUUAGGGUGUGUAGGUAAAAUAGGAUUGAAAAUGUUUGUUCUGUCUUUUCCAAAGGUGUACAACCGCCAACAUCCUGCCUUUGCUCUCUCAUACUAGGAAGUCUAACUGCAAAGUCAUUUUAUAUAAUAAUCAUUAUUUCAAAGGCAGACAAAAAGAAAAGUGCAUUUCAUUUUCCACCUUGGCUUUUUUGGAACUUUACCUAGCAAGAACUUAGUAUAAUGUUUAUACAGUUGGAUUUGUAUGGGAAGCUUUUUCUUACUCUGUGAUAUCUAUUUUGAUCUUGAGGAACGAUGUGACAUUACGACUCGUGGUGGACAGAGAUGAAAUCUGGGAAAAGCUGAAAAGCAGUAUUAUUAUUCUAACUAUUAUUAUCAAGCUAUUUUAUACAUAUUUCUCAUGGUACAUUGCUUAUUAUGAAAAUGUAUUUCUAUUGUAAUUUCUUUAAAAUGCCUUGUAACUCACUCGCAAGGAUUUACUGUGGAAUCAUAACAAGUAUGGAUUGAAUUUAACUGGCCACACGUGCUAAAAAAAAGUUUAUCCAACGUAUUUCUAUCUGGGGAUGUAAAAUAAAGCACUCCAAUGUGUGUGUAAGUGUGUGUGACUGAGUGUGACUGUGUGUGCUGAGAAGUGCGCUACAAAAAUGUAAUUAGGCAUCGUUUGAAUUUAACCAUUUAGUUUCGCACAUGUAGUGUUGUGUAAUCUAUUGUAGUCUAUUUGAGUAUCCUUGCUAUAUUUUCCUUUUCCGUGUCUAAGAUUUUGCCUAAUACAUUGGAGUAAUAUAACUUCUGCUUUACUAUAAAAAGAAAAUUGCUUAUAAUGUGUUUUCCUACUCCAACCAAUUCAUGGUUCUUUUGGCUUGGCUUCUUUGUACAGAAUAAAUUUAGGCCAACAUUUUAUUUGUCGUUUGUUUAUGAAUACUGUAAGAUAACUGUAAUUACGUUAUAAUUGUAUGUAUACCAACUCAAUUAUUCACAUUUAUGAAGGAGUGUUAUGAAACGUGGAGAUUAAUGCGCGUACUCCAAGUGGUUUGGACCCCGUGCAUAACAGGAUAUAUCCAGGGGUCACUCUUUACUGAAUGGACAUGAUGGACAUCAAGCUUCAAGUUUUGAUUUCUUUAAACCUAUCAAAAUGUUGUUUAAUCUAAAUAAGACGACUAUUAAAAGAUUUUUGAACAAAAAAAUGAGUCAUGUCAAAAGUUGGGAUAAUAGUGUGUCAUUAAAUCCUACAGAGAUUAAAGGGUGACUCAUUAAAUGUAGUCCGAAGCUUCACAAUGAGUUGUUGAGGUUAAACAAGUCCAUGUGUGUGCCUCUCAUAUGCUAAUGCAUGGGAAUUAAGCAUCAAAGUUUGUUUGCAGGUCAUGGGGAGUACACUGCAUAUGUGCAAAAUGUUGCAUCAAGCUGUUCAGGGGCUCCAGAGGGAGCGGGUAAAUACUUUUUUGGAUUUUUGGAGCUGUGUUAAAGACUCCAAUUUUGAAAUAAAGCUGCAAGCAGCGAUGAAUGGGCUUUCACAAGUCAACGUACGCAGGGGUACUUUAAGGACACCCGCACGCGCAGCACCAAAUCACCGUCGUCACUAACCGAUCCGUAUCCUCGACCCGAUUAGCUGCAUAUUGCCACCACUUUUGUAUUGCAGCAGUGAUGAAAUUAUUUCCUACAUUUCCCUACAUGAGAAUCAAAAUUACUAUUUACACCCGGGUGUAAAUAGUAAUGUUGACCAUAUACACCCGGGUGUAAAUAGUAAUGUUGACCAUAUACACCCGGGUGUAAAUAGAAUAGUUUUCUAUAGACACCCAGGUGCAAAUAGCAUCAGCCUUACUUGAAAAACAAAAGUAAAAUAAAAAGCAAUAUUCUGUCAAUCAAAGUUGCUUAAAAUUACUUACAGCAACAUAAAACCAUAACACAAUCAAAAGUCAUCUUCAUACUAUCUGAUUACAUUUUUCUUAACACAUUCUCUUAAACAUAAAGACGUGCGUUCAGCCCUUUCAAUCGUUUCGGCAAAGACCACUGUUCCCCAAACAUAUUGGCUUUUCACACACCAGGUUUAUUUAGCAUUGUUUACCAUGGACACCCGGGUGUAAAUAGCAUUGUUGACUAUAGAAACCCGGGUGCAAAUAGUAUCAUCCUUAUUUUGAAAAAUUUAAAAAAAAGUCAAAUAAAAAGCAAUAUUUUGUCAAUCAAAGUUGCUUACAAUUACUUACACCCGGGUGCAAAUAGCAUUGUUGACCAUAGACCCCUGGGUGCAAAUAACAUCAGCCUCGUUUGAGAAAUGAAAAAUAAACAUUAUUUUAUCACCCGGGUGUAAAUAGCAUUAGCCUUAUUUGAAAAAUAAAAUAAAAAUAAAAGCAAUAUUCUGUCAAUCAAAGUUGCUUAAAAUUACUAACAGAAACAUAAAACCAGAACUCAAUCAAAAGUCAUCUUCAUGCUGUCUGAUUAAGUUUUUCUUAACACAUUUUCUUAAACAUAAAGAAGUUCACACUGAGCCCUUUAAAUCGUUCGGCCAAGACCAUAGUGCCCCAAACAUAUUGACUAUUCACACACCGGGUUUAUAUCGCAUUGUUGACCAUAGACACCCGGGUUUAAAUAGCAUUGUUUGCCUCCACCCAAUUUUUUUUUUUUACAGUUUUCAGAAAACAACCAACCCCAGCUUAAAGGGUUUACCACCACUGUACAUGGUCUGUUAUGAUCAGAAGCUUAUGAUGGCUUAUGUUUGCUAAUGUAAGCAACCUUUGUAUUUAUAAAGCAGUGUAUUUCUUUACUUUUCUUACAUGACAUGUUAUAACGUA